AAAUGAAUAAUCCAAAUCCAACGAUCCAACGCUCUCUAAUUCCUUUUUCAAAAAUUACGAAAAACCCUUUCCCCCGCCUAAAGUCUAAAAUCUCUCAUCUCUCUCUCUCCCUUCUUAAUCUCAACGGUCCUCAUUCACUCUCUCUCUACCCCAUUUCUCUCUUCCCUCCAAUUCCCAACCUCACUUCCCGCAUUAUUUCCUUCACCCCUUUCUAGAUCUGCGGCGGCGGCGGCGGCGGCGGCGGUGGUGACGGUGACAGCGUAGGCUUCAUGGCGGCUCUGCCAUCCUCUUCCGCUUUACCGGAUUCUUCUUCCUCUAGACAUCAUACUUACAGUAGAAAGCAGAAAUCCCUUGGUCUUUUAUGCUCAAAUUUUUUGAGCUUGUAUAACCACGAUGGAGUUCAUUCGAUUGGGCUUGACGAUGCUGCAUCGCGAUUAGGUGUGGAAAGGCGGCGGAUCUAUGAUAUUGUGAAUGUUCUGGAGAGCGUUGGGGUUCUAUCGAGAAAGGCGAAGAAUCAGUACAGUUGGAAUGGGUUUGGAGCAAUCCCUAAGGCUUUACAAGAUCUUAAAGAAGAGGGAUUGAGGGAGAAUUGCAGUGCAUCUGAUGGUAACGAUUAUGCAAAAGUCUCGGAUGAUGAGGAUGAGGAUGAAAGAUUUUCUAAUCCAACUGGAAGCCAGACCUCAACUGCAGCUGUGCCGAAAUCAUCUUCAUCAUCGUUAAAAGCUGUAUCUGCAGACAAUAGAAGGGAGAAGUCAUUGGCGCUCCUUACACAAAAUUUUGUUAAGCUAUUUAUCUGCAGUCAUGUGAAUAUGAUUUCCCUUGAUGAAGCUGCUAAGCUCUUAUUAGGAGAUGGCCACAAUUCAUCAAUAAUGAGAACUAAGGUAAGGCGACUAUACGACAUUGCAAAUGUGCUGUCUUCUAUGAAUCUGAUUGAAAAGACUCAUACAACGGACACGAGAAAGCCUGCGUUUAGGUGGUUGGGAGUGAGGGGUAAAGUCAAGAAUGAGCCAACCCUUCUUCCAGAGUCCAGAAAAAGGGCAUUUGGAACUGACGUAACAAAUGUCAGUUAUAAGAAGACUAAGGCUGAAAAUUCUGCUUAUCAGGGUUUUAAUCAUUGCCUCAACAUGCAAAAGCUAGUGCAGUGCGAUAAUUCUUCACAAGAGGAUAGCCAGAACAGUCAGGAUCAAGAAUGUGAAAGAACUUCCAAGAGCUAUCAAUUUGGACCCUUUGCUCCGGUAUCAGUAGCUAAAGUUGGUGUCUUGGACAAUAACAAUGUGAAGCGGACUCACGACUGGGAAAACCUUUCCUCAACAUUCCGUCCCCAGUAUCACAAUCAAGGUUUCUGGAUGCAAUUCUUGUGAAAGUAAAUGAUUGCAAAGAAAACUUCCAAAUCAGAGAAGUUGGCUUAUCGAUUCUGGAUGAUCUUCUGGUACUAGUCCUCUAUCUAUAGCUUGCUGUCUGUUUCUUCCACUUGUUUCAUGCCAUAUAAUUCCUCAAGUCCCACAGGAUUCUUUUCCUAUUCAUCCUGCUGAACUAUCACAGGACAUUAAAUUUUGGAGAAAUCAAGGCAGUGGUUACUGGAAUGAUUCUCCUGAUAUCACUUGUGUUAACUGUCGAUUUAAACUUUUAAUCUCUUAAGAAACUUUUUGAUUAGUUUAAUCAUGCCUAAAUUGUCUCAGAUGGACGGUUUUAACCGAGGAAAUGCUGAGGUUGAAAUUAAAAAUCAAUUGUUGCUUCCAAUUUUCUCAUUGCUCAAAAUACUUCUGUCAUUGUUGGUGUUGUUACUGUCAGUGAUUUAAUAUAAUAUCUUGGAUUUAUUAUC